ACUGUAGAGGAGGGAGAGAGCCCGCCCUCCCCGCGAGCCUGCAGGAUGCGGCAGGGGACCGGGGGCAUGGGGAGGUACUAACCCCCCAGCCCCUGAUCCGGGCUUACAGACCAGGUUCGCGGGUCAGUUUCCUGCCAAGUGAAGCAAAGAAGCAAAGGCGCCGAGGGAGAACUGGGGGUGCCCAUCCCUAGAGUCAGUCCCUCGGCGAACGGGGGUAAAGGAGAGAAGAGAAAGGAGUCAGUGAGCGAAGAGGGGAAGGAAAAACCUGUCUCCAGACUGGCUCCGGAGCGUCGGAGAGACUGGGGCGCUCCGCGCCAUCGUCUUCAAUGCCUCUCUGAACACCCUUUAGGAAGAGUGUGAGAGAAAGAGAGCGCGCGCCAGGGAGAGGAGAAAAGAAGAUGAGGAUUAUUUGCAGACAGAUUGUCUUGUUAUUUUCUGGCUUUUGGGGACUCGCCAUGGGAGCCUUUCCGAGCAGCGUGCAAAUAGGUGGUCUCUUCAUCCGAAACACAGAUCAGGAAUACACCGCUUUUCGAUUAGCAAUUUUUCUUCAUAACACCAGCCCCAAUGCGUCGGAAGCUCCUUUUAAUUUGGUACCUCAUGUGGACAACAUUGAGACAGCCAACAGUUUUGCUGUAACAAAUGCCUUCUGUUCCCAGUAUUCUAGAGGAGUAUUUGCCAUUUUUGGACUCUAUGAUAAGAGGUCAGUACAUACCUUGACUUCGUUCUGCAGCGCCUUACACAUCUCCCUCAUCACACCAAGUUUCCCUACUGAGGGGGAGAGCCAGUUUGUGCUGCAGCUAAGACCUUCAUUGCGAGGAGCACUCCUGAGUCUGCUGGAUCAUUAUGAAUGGAACUGUUUUGUCUUCCUGUAUGACACAGACAGGGGAUACUCAAUACUUCAAGCUAUAAUGGAAAAAGCAGGACAAAAUGGUUGGCAUGUCAGCGCUAUAUGUGUGGAAAAUUUUAAUGACGUCAGCUACAGACAACUUCUAGAAGAACUUGACAGAAGACAAGAGAAGAAAUUUGUGAUAGACUGUGAGAUCGAGAGACUUCAAAAUAUAUUAGAACAGAUUGUGAGUGUUGGAAAGCACGUUAAAGGCUACCAUUAUAUCAUUGCAAAUUUGGGAUUCAAGGACAUUUCACUUGAGAGAUUUAUACAUGGUGGAGCCAAUGUGACAGGAUUCCAGUUGGUAGAUUUCAAUACACCUAUGGUAACCAAAUUAAUGGAUCGCUGGAAGAAACUAGAUCAGAGAGAGUAUCCAGGAUCUGAGACUCCCCCAAAGUACACUUCUGCCCUGACUUAUGACGGAGUCCUGGUGAUGGCUGAAACAUUCCGAAGCCUCAGAAGGCAGAAAAUCGAUAUCUCAAGGAGAGGAAAUGCUGGUGAUUGUCUGGCAAACCCUGCUGCCCCAUGGGGCCAGGGAAUUGACAUGGAGAGGACACUCAAACAGGUUCGGAUUCAAGGGCUGACUGGGAAUGUUCAGUUUGACCACUAUGGACGUAGAGUAAAUUACACAAUGGAUGUGUUUGAGCUAAAAAGCACAGGACCUCGAAAGGUUGGUUACUGGAAUGAUAUGGACAAAUUAGUCUUGAUUCAAGAUGUCCCUACUCUUGGCAAUGACACAGCGGCCAUUGAGAACAGAACAGUGGUUGUGACCACAAUCAUGGAAUCCCCCUAUGUUAUGUACAAGAAAAAUCACGAAAUGUUUGAAGGAAAUGACAAGUAUGAAGGAUACUGUGUAGAUUUGGCAUCUGAAAUUGCAAAACAUAUUGGUAUCAAGUAUAAAAUUGCCAUUGUCCCUGAUGGAAAAUAUGGAGCAAGGGAUGCAGACACAAAAAUCUGGAAUGGGAUGGUAGGAGAACUUGUUUACGGGAAAGCAGAGAUUGCUAUUGCCCCUCUGACAAUCACUUUGGUACGAGAGGAGGUCAUUGACUUCUCUAAGCCCUUCAUGAGUUUGGGUAUAUCUAUCAUGAUCAAAAAGCCUCAGAAAUCUAAACCAGGAGUGUUUUCCUUCUUGGAUCCUCUGGCCUAUGAGAUUUGGAUGUGCAUAGUCUUUGCCUACAUUGGUGUCAGCGUGGUCUUGUUCCUAGUUAGUAGAUUUAGUCCGUAUGAGUGGCACACAGAAGAGCCAGAGGAUGGAAAAGAAGGACCCAGCGACCAGCCUCCCAAUGAGUUUGGCAUCUUUAACAGCCUCUGGUUUUCCCUGGGUGCUUUCAUGCAGCAAGGAUGUGACAUCUCACCCAGAUCCCUCUCAGGUCGAAUCGUUGGAGGUGUUUGGUGGUUCUUUACACUCAUCAUUAUAUCAUCUUAUACUGCUAACCUGGCUGCUUUUCUGACUGUUGAGCGAAUGGUCUCCCCAAUAGAAAGUGCAGAAGACCUGGCCAAACAAACAGAAAUUGCCUAUGGAACUCUGGAUUCAGGGUCAACAAAAGAAUUCUUCAGAAGAUCAAAAAUAGCAGUGUAUGAAAAGAUGUGGACCUACAUGCGAUCAGCAGAGCCAUCAGUGUUCACUAGGACUACAGCUGAGGGAGUGGCUCGUGUCCGCAAAUCCAAGGGCAAAUUUGCCUUUCUCCUGGAGUCCACUAUGAAUGAAUACAUUGAGCAGCGAAAGCCAUGUGACACGAUGAAAGUGGGAGGAAAUCUGGAUUCGAAAGGCUAUGGAGUAGCAACGCCCAAGGGUUCCUCAUUAAGGAGGAGGACAGAGGAGAACUAACCAGCUCCAGGACCAAGGGGAGAACCCCAGGGGAGAUACAAGUGAGAGAUCUAAAAAGCCACUAGAAUUUGAGAUUGUCCACGUAUGGAUCACAUGGAAUUUACAAAAGACACCAGCUUCUAGAUCCUAUUCAGCAAGAAUUCUUUGUUACCAUUGUCCUUCAAAGAGGCUAGAUCUCAUAUUAUUAAAAUGGAUUUUAGAAAUAUUUUAGGAUCCAUUAAAUAAAGCACUUGAGCUUCAAGAAGAAGGGAUUCUUUGUAAGAAAGAAACAUACCCAAAGAACAAGAAUUUUAUUAAUUUAUUGCACGAAAAUUGAGUCAUCUUUCAGAAAUGCAAUUAUACCAUUUUGUUACAAAUGUGUUUAAAAUCCUGAUAUAAGAGACUUGGAGAUUUUUAAUGAAAGAAAAGUAUUUCAGAAAGUUGUAUUUUUAUUACGGACUGUUGUCUUCUGAUCAGGAACAAUAGUAGUCAUGUGAUUGAGAACAUAAGUGAAAGGACAUAUAUAAAAUAAGAAGAUGAUUUUAAUAUCAAUGCAUGCUGUUCAUGCAGAUGAUUAUACUGUAAUGACUGCCAAAUCCAGAAACCUAAGCAUUGGACUUUUUAGCACAUGGUGCAUUUUAUUGUCAGAUCAUCACACAAAACCUAGGUUAAACUGUCUCACACAUUGUCCCCUUUAGGAAAGAGAACAGGAUGUAUCUGAGUCACAUUAUUCAUUCCUGAUUCCAUAUGCCAGACAUAUAGGAUAUCUGCUUAAGAAAUUGUACCCCCAAAAUACAAGGAAAUUGUCACAAUACUUUUAGUAAACUGUUUAUGUGUUGAAUUUGAUGUCUGCAAGGACAAUAGUUAUGUCAGGAAGCUUUGUUUUGUGCUUUGAAUUCUUAUGAAAUAUUUUAUGGUAAUAUCAUUCAAGGAAAGAAUGGGUGGUGACAUUCUUUAGGACAACCUGAAAUUGAGAUGAAAACACCAUUUCCUUGGCUUUGUUGUUCAUUGUAGUGCAAACCUGAUUUUAUGUUAAUUGCUAUAGUUCUGAACUUUUAAUGGAAGUGCAGACAGCUUCCUUUCAUUGAUUUGUAAGGCCUCUUUCUGUACAAAGCUACAUAUUUAUCACCCAAGCUUCUUUUUCUAUUUGUGCUGUCAUCUCACCAAGACAAAAGCAAAGACAAAACAAAGUAGGUGAAACAAGAGCAAUUAAAACAUAUUUGACGUGAUGAGGUGAUGAGUUAUACCCAAAUACUUGCCUUCUGCUAAGGAACCUGAAACCCUAAAUGAGAGAAAAAAGUUCAAAUUGAAUUUUUGUUUACUCUCAAGAAUCAGACAGAAAAUGUAAAAUCUUGGAAUGCAAAGAUUAGCUAGACAUAUUUAGUGAGUUAUUCAGUGAAGUAAAUCUUAAUCAAGUUAAACCAAAUAUACAGCUGGCAUUAAGUAUCUGUUAAUGAUAAAUACUUUUAAUUUCUAAAAUAGGCUAAAAUAUUCUAAUUGAUAAGGUGAAAAGAAUUUUACAAAGGUGAUAUGUUUUAUUUAUUAAACAUAAAUAUAUUGAAAUUUAUUUAUAAAAAUACCAUUACUUAGGACUUUUAUUUUAAUUAAAUUAUAUGGGAGUAUCAUAUUUCCCUAGAUAAUGCUGCCAAAAUUGUAAUAGAUUUAAUCAUUUAGUGUUCUUAUUUUGCCACACGAAUUGAACUGGUGACCCCUUUAUUUUAACCACCAAUAAUCUCAUUGAAGAACCUUCCUAGAUUAGUUUGUUUACACAUUGUACCGAAUUAUCUGAUAUAAUAGUAUCUAGUGUCAAUAAUAUUUUGAUGCUCCUCUUGCCAACAUUUUAUAGGUAGUUUUAAAGAAUCUUGUUAAACUUAAUUUUGAAAUACAUUUUAUAUCAGGUCUUCCCCAAAUCUGUUUGAUUUCACAGUUGAAGGAGUGCCUGUCACCACCCAGCACACUAUUCUUUUGCUAUAAUGAGUAACUUGCAAAAUAGCAGCUUAAGUUAAUUCAAUGUUAUAUCAAUUCUGUAUGUUGUCAUUUGCAUAUCAUCUGCAUUUCUUGCUCUACACUGGAGCUGAGAAUGGUAUAAUGUACCAUAAGACACAGUUGCUACCCUCUAAGAGGGAAAAAAUAUGUGCACAUGUAUCAUCACAAAGUAAUGUAUAACUCCAAGUAAGUUAGUUUCAGACAUAUUAGCUGAUAAAUAUUAAUUAAAUAAAUAAGUCUGUGAGUGAUUACUGAAAAUGAUAAGAAAUUCAGAAACAACAAGGGGAAGGAAAAAAGGAAUUCCUGGUGAAAGUUCUAUUUUGACUGUGGAAUCAAUUCUAAACAAAAUACUUUUGGGACUAGAAAAAAACUAGCAUGACUGGAGGCAGAGAGCCUGCCGGGGGUUUAGUGUGUCAUAGAAUAGACUCCCGUGUUAGACAGACACAGGUUCUAAUCUCACCUUUGCCAUUUACUAGCUGUGCAAUUUUUAGGCUUUACUUUGCUCAUUUAUAAAAUGUAGAAAUAAACCUAUCAUAUUCAAAUACUAGAAUUCAAUGAAAACUUGAUGCACUAUCUGGCUCAAUAAAAUGUAACAAAUUUAUACUUUAAAAGCUUAUAUAAGUGAAUUGUGGAGAAAACUCAUCUGUCAGAAAAAGAUAAUCAUGAGUUGCUGAAGGCUUUUAACAAAGCACUAUAAACAAGCAGAAGAGCAAGGUUGUUCUGACUGUGGGUGGCAGAGUAUGGAUCGAAACAACCAUUGGUCUUGGGUUAGCAGGGCUUCAACUGCAUGAUGCCAGUCUAGUAGAAAUGAGAGUAUGAAUUUGGGAGGCACUUUUCAGAAAAACAGUUCUUACUGAAUAAAUGGCUUUAGGAAAAGAAGGGAAAUGAAAAUUUAAGUAGUCAAUUGAAUUUUUAUGGCUGUUAUUUUAUUAUUUAUUUUUACAGUUCUAUUUCUUCUGGGGGGAAAAGUGUUCUAAUCUGUUAUAUUGGAUUAGAAAAUUUCUUUGUGAUAUUAUGCUUGGAGAUCCAAAAGUAUAUGUACUGAAAGAUUAGAGCUUAGAACAUUAAGAAUUUUGUGUGUAUUUAAAUAGACACCCCAUUUUAACCUUGGGAGAAAAUAAAUGUUACCAUCUAACUAAAUCAAGUCAGCAUAUAAUCAAUUGGUAUGCUUUUUAAAGAAAAUUAUCUGCUCCUCUUCCUUCUUGGGUAUUUAGGAAAGAUCAAUUUAGUUAACAAGACUAACUGCCUUUCAGGUUUUAUCUCAACUUAAGGAGGAUUUAGCCAGAGAUAUCAAAAGUUGCCAACUUACUAGUAAAGGAGAUAUGAAAGUCUGAUUCUAAAGCUUAAUUAGAGAAAAUUCUUUGACACCUAGGAAACUUCUCAGGAACAAAGAGAAAUAGCAAGACAGAGAAGGACUAAAUAAAUAGCAUAACUACAUAGGAAAGGGCACCAACAGGAAGCAAAAGAGCAUCACAGUACUUAGGAAAGAGCACUGGACCAGAAGGCAGAAGACCUGCGUCCAGCUGGGCUUUGAUGGACAAGUCACCUAACUUUCUUUAGGCCCCAGUGACCAUCAGUAAAAUGAAAAGGUUGGAGAUAACUUCUAACCUACAUUUUGACUCAAAAAUUCUAGGAUUCUAAGUCUUUAAAGCAGUUGAUGAAAGUUUUUAGCCUCAGCAUAGAAUAGAAAAAGAAACAUGACCUGUGGGUCAUAGAAUGGUUUUAUAUUUUGGUUAUCAUUGAAAGAGAGAAAGGAGCAUGGUUUAGAGGAUGAAGCAUCCAAGUCAGCCACAGGGGCAAGUCCACACAGCGCAUCUUGGUCCAGGGAAGGCAUCUGCAUGAAAGGCCCAGAACUGAUGAACCACCCACAUGCUGUGCAUGUGACAGUGACCAGCACUCGCAUUUUUGAUACUUUAGACUAAUAAUAACCACAACUUGAAACACGAAUAAUAUUCAGAGGAUAUGUGAAGUGCUUCACAAUCUAGGCAGGUGUGAUUUGACCUGGAAACAAAGCUCCCUUUUAUAUGAUUCGAACACAGAUAAUAAUAACAACAGUGUGAAUUGGAUGAAAGUCUUUAGCCCUCAUAAUCUCAAAAGUACCCCAAGGAUACCAUAAAUAAAAUUUACACUAUAUAAAAUGAAUAUUUGAUAUUCUAUCAAUUUAUUUAACUAUAACUAAAAGUAUCCUUCUACAGUUUUGUUUUUUAUUUUGUCAAUUUAAUAUGCAGUCUUGUGAAGAGUCUCACACAUAAUGUUUGCAGAAUAAUAAUAGAUUGAGGCCACUAGCUUAGAAGUCCCUUCCUGAAAAAUGACAGUCUUAAAACUCCUUCUCUAUUGAAAGGAGACACCGUUGCUAUAAAAAUGUCAUUUAAUUUCUUCUACAUAAAAGGAAUUAUUAGCUAAUUUUAAAAUAGUGUACUAAAAUCUAGAACAGAUUUUUUUAAAUCCAUAUUCAUUAUUUUCUUUCCAAAGUCUGUGAAUCUCUUAGAAUUGUAUGCCAGUCAAUUCUUAUAUGUUUAUGUAUAUUUUUCUGAGAAUGUAUCCAGCUUUCAUUAAAUUCUUAAAGAAAUCCAUGACCAAAAGUAGGUUAGAGAAUUUCCUCUGUGAUCUCAAAUUGAUGAAAUCAUGAAACCAAACUGCACAAAAUAUAUGUAAGGGUUACCAUUGAAAACACUCAACACAAAAUACACAAUUAAAAUCAUCACAAUCCUUAGCUAAUGCUCUGGCUAUAACUGCUGACCAUCCUCCUUCAAAAAUUCACAUCCUUCAGGCUCAAUUCUCCAAUAAGAAUUAGUCAUGCAAAUUCCAAAGAAUAAGAAAUUUAGAGACAAUUUUUGGAAGCUAAGCCAGUACCUACUUCAUUUGUUUAGGAAUCAAUAUGAAUAAAAGUACUUGGAAUAUGAAAUACAAAGGUCUGUAUACUAACUUGCUUAUAUGAAAUCCAAUGUAAAGACAUAAAUCCAUCUUGAUUUAUCAAAUUGUUUUUCAAAUACUCCUAAACUAUGCUGGAUAUGAGUUGCCUUUUCACCUGCAAAACUUUUGCAAACCUUAUUUGUCAUUGAAAAGGCAAACUGAAGUGAAAACAUAUUAUCAUUUUUUUUAAAUUUCUGCAUAUAUGUGUGGAACAAUUUGGCCCAAAGUCUGCUUUUGGAAAUGAGUGCACAAAUCCAAUGAAGCAAAAAGUGCCUUGUGCUUGUCUAUCGAAAGGAAUAAUUUGCCAAGAAAAGUAAUAGCACAGCUACAAGUGAAAUUGAAAACUAAGUGGAGCAUUGAUAAUGCUUAGGACUGGUUACUCUUCCAGGCCUAAAUAGCCAAUAAAGUUUAGAAAUGUGAAUACAAAUGCCUUUCUUCAAGUUCAGACAUAUUUAGCUCUUGACUUCUUAUCAUAUGCCAUUCUAUUGAUUUUUAUUUUUUAUAUUUUCCUGAUUGAUGUUAUUUUUUGCAGUUAAUUUUUAAUAGACAAUAUAAAGUUGUGAUUUUUAGUUAUAAACUCUGUUUUUCUGCUAACUUGCUUCAUCCACCUUUAUUUGGGAAAGCAUCGUUAAUGAAAUUACAGAAGUAGAUCCUAGUUGAUAUUUGCUCUUCUACCUAGAUAUUGCUCUUCUACCUAGAUAUUGCUCUUCUACCUAACUCAUAUUGUUAUAUGAAACAGGCUUUCAUGCAUGCAACUCUUGUAACAAUAUUUACACUGCAGCCAUCAUUUAAUAACAAAAUGAAUAGUCUAUAUACAGUUAAUUUGUAUUCAUUUUACAUAAAAUUAUUAUUUUCUUAUUAAAAUAGUUCCCCCCAAAAUUUAGCAUGUGUGGGUGAAUGUGUUUGUGUGUGUGUGUGUGUAUCUGCAUUACAAUGAAUUUUAAAUCAGAUGAGUUUUCCAAUUUGGAAUUUAAAUUUGGUUUCAAGGAAGGGAUAAUAGUCAAUAUAUAGUAUGAUGGAAAACAAAUUGUGUUUUAUAAAAUUCCUACCAAAAAAAAAAAGAUGAAGAUCCCUAAUACUUAAUGGGGAAAGAACAGAGUUGUUAGCCAUGAAACCUCUUUUUCUAGAAAUAGAUCUAUAUACAUUUUUUUCUAAUAUAAAUGGCCCACUUACCAGGACUCAAGUCUAUUUCAGUCACUUUCAUUUAAUGGAGCCUGAGGGAGAAGACUCACCUUGUCUAUCUAAAUAUGUAUGAAAGGGCAAGCCUUCUCUCUGGGCCAUUGAAAGUUCUAUUAACCUCCUGCAGAUUCUACCUGAUGGGGCAGACCUGAAACUCCUAUAGUGUCUAUACUUCUCUGCCUGACCCAUGCCCCACAAAUAAAGUAGAACCUUGAUAGAAGCCAAGUACUGCACAUGUUCUCCAUCCUAUGAUCAGAGGCACAAAACCAAGUGCACCAAAGCAAAUCAUAUAAUUAAGAACAAUUAAUGUUUUUCUGAGAUCCUGAAGAAUAACCCCUAUAUUUUACUUCUUUCUCAAAUUAUAUUUGAUACAAAGUAGAGUAUAAAUUUUGGCUUGAAGAGAACAAUUCUAUAAGGCAUUGUAUUUAUAAAAUAAAUGAGAAUAGUCUUUUGGUUUGCUUUUUCCCAAUUACUAAAGUAUCACUGCCCAUUGUAAAAAAUUUUGAAUGAGUGGGGAAGCAUAAAAAACAAAAUGGAAUCCAAAUUAAUCACAAACCCUCCACCCAGAAAAAAAAAUUUGUUGUAUCUUUAGCCAAUAUUUUUAUUAGUACUAAAUAUAUGUAUAGUUUAUUGUCAGAAUAAUAUCACAAAGAAUAUACAAAUUUCUUUUUUUUGCACUUAACAUCAUACUGUCAGUAUUUUCCCUAGUCAUUAAAUUUUAAUGGUUAUGAAACAUGUCAUAGGAAUAAAUGGUACUUGUCACUACUACCUCAAAAGCUUUAUAAAAACGUACAUACAUUUCCAUGUAAUCCAGAAGAAUCUGAUGGAAUAGGCUUAGGUCUGAGCAUCUGUAUUUGUAAGUUUUGAGGCUUAAAUCAAGCUUCUAGAUAGUGGUCUGAACAGAAAAUUAUUUAAUUCUCCCUUUCUUUGGGACAUUCACAUUGUCUUCUAUGUUUUGAGACCAAAAAAAUAUAUACCAUUAGAUUUAUUACAAGUUACUUUGCCAACAUCUUUGACUAAUUUCUUAGGAUUGAUUCCUAAAAAAGGAAUUAUUGGAUCAAGGAGAUGGAUUGGGUUAAAGCUUCAGUUUUAUCAAGGCAAAUUUUUUUUUCUGGUUUUAACACUGUCAUCAAUCUAUGAGAUUGCCCACAAUAUUAAAUUCUUGACAAUAUUGAACAUCAUGUUUACUUUUAUUUUUCUAAUAUGAAUGAAGAAAACUGAAUUUACAGUACUUUUACUCACUAAUUCCAAUAAGAUUGAAUUGCUUGUAUAUGAUUUGUAUUUCUUCCUGCAUAAAUUAUCUAUCAAAGCCCUUUGAUGAUUCAAAAGGAAUUUCUUUAUUUCAUUAUAAAAUUUUUGUUAAUUCACAUCAUUUUUAAGUUGUUUUAAACUACAUUAGGAUGUGCUGGAUGGAAACUAUGAAAAAAUCUCAGUCUUGUUUUGGUAAAUAUUUUAGACAUCAUAACACCUGGUAUUUAAAUUUUAUAAAGAACAUAGUACAAAGAUAGCGUGUCAGUGAAGACAGCCAUCUUAAAAUCAGUGAGAUGUUUUCAUUUGUAUAAAACUAAGGAAUCCUUUUUUAACAGGAUAAUAAAGCACUAACACCACUGCACAAUAGUUAGAGAAAUAAAUUGUAGUGGGGCCAUAUACUGUGGGCAUCCAACAUUAAAGUGUUUGUCCAAGUAAGUGAGAAAGAAUUGAAUUUGUUUUAGCCAGGCGAAACCUGUUAUUGCAAAUUAUUUAUUCUACAAACUUCACAUGCCCUGAAUAUCCUGUGGUUGGUCAGAAACUAAUUCUAAGUGUUUAUAUACCAGUUCUUUACAAUAAUACAGGAAAUCAUAAAAACACUUUACUAAACUUAAGCUUUAUAAAUUUGUCCCAUUAAUUUAUAUACAUAUUUUAGCAAAUGUACACUUUAAUACCUCACCAACGAGAAAUUACAUUAUAAGACACGUAGUUUAGAAGUAAAUAUAAUGCAUAAGGCAUAAAGUAAUCUUGAGCAUAUUCGACUCUACAGAAUUUGGUGAUAAGUCAUUACGGAAGAGUCAAGGGAGUGGCAAAUGUGUUAGCCUGUGUUAAGCAUGCUUUUUACAAGAAAAGUCUCACUUUUAACUUUCUAAAUUUACCCAAAAUUAAUAAAUGAAAAAAGUAAAUCUGUUAGCUCCCUGCUUUAAAAGUUUUUUUUAGGUAACAUUUCAACUACAUCCUUAACAAAAUUAAGUCCCAAAUCAGGCAGUAAGGUAAAUUUUUAUAAUCUCAAGUUCAAUUGAAGAGAAUUCCAGGAAAGCCUUUGGAGGUUUUCCAGAGGUCCUGGAAUUUGAUCAAGUGAGCAUUUUCAUCCCAUAGUCAAAUUCCGUAUCAUUUCACCACUAGGAAAAAAACUAAUUGGAGACUUUUUCUUACGUAGACUUCACAUGAUGCAUAAAAGGCAAAGGCAAAUAAGAAAAUUUUCUGGGUUCUAUUGCACUCUGUAAAAGGCCAUUGUCAACACACCAGGGUUUUCCAAUGUGGUUUAUAUAUCCAGCAAGAAUGUGUUCAGCUACUAUUUCUUCCUUCCCUCCCAUUUUUAAAUGGGUAAAAAAAAUCAUUUUAAUUGACUUUAUUCUGUAAAAGCUGCAUUUAAUACAAUAAAAGGUAUAAUUAAUAUAAGAAAUAACCCACAAUAUUUUUCUUCUCUCUUUUGCUUAGCAGACCACUAUUACACCUUCUUUAAUAAUUAACUAAAGUACAAAUAUCCCUUAUAAUCGAUAUGAGUUUCUGACAUUGAUUUUGAAAUCAAGUUCUCAGAUGUAUUAAGGAGAUUCCAAAGCAGUAUUUAAAUGUGCUUCAGUAAGGAUGUCUUCCUAUGUCCCUCAUUUAUCUGACUGCUUAGGGUGCCCUGACCUUGUUUACUACAAUUCUUUCAGGAUUCCCUUUUCACUUUUGCUGAAUAAAAAAAAUACUUUUUAACCUAGUGUAGUAAAGUGACAGAAACAAUUUUAUACUUUUUUUAACCAUUUAAUGAUUCUUAUUAUUAACAAUAUGAAAAAAGUAAUCAUUCCAUAAAAUAGAACAGAUGUCCAAAUGGUCCUGAUAUAUGUGGUUUAUGUUGCAGUAUAAAUAGCAAUCCAAGGAGGCCUUUAGACCUAAAUUGAUUAUGUAAGGAAAUGACACACUUAAUUUUACAAUUACAGAAAAUAACAGGCUCUAUCAAGAAAUUUUGAAAUGCUGAAGAUAUUAAUUAUAAGUGCCUUCCACUAUAUAUCAUUAAAGAAAAGAAAAUUUUAUAUAUGAUGAUAUUAAAUGGACUUUACUAAGGAAGCACAUAUUUCUGGAAGGAAAAUGUGAAUUACUUGUGAACUGGGCAAUGACUUAUUUAUUAAUCAAACGUAAAAUCAAAUAUAGAUAUGUACACACAUAUGGAUAGCAGUGUGAAACUAAUCUGUUUUUACAUGGCCUAUUAUAUGGUAUUAGAAAGACAAUGUUUUAGAAUAAUUUUUGUAGAUAGCUUGAUUCCGAAAAAUUUUAUCAACAUAAAGCUUUUUUUCCUUAUCCAUUCCUUUAUUUUGCUUUUUUGUUUUUUAUUGUGCUGUGAAACUGUCUUUGGAUAUGGCUAAUAACCCUGUUAAAUAACCCUCUCAUGAAAUGGUUUUAAUUUUAUCAAAGGAAUGGUCUAAACCAACAUAUAAAAUAAUUUGGAUACUGCUUCACUAAAAAAAAAAAACCUAAAAUGAAUAUUUAAAGCUAAAAUAACAUGAAUUAUAAGAAUCAUUUUCUCCAAAAUAGGAAAACUUUAGUAGUUUCAAUUCAUUGAAAGACAAAUGUAGUUUCUUAUAAAGACAAAAUAAAUUAAAACAAUUCCUUUUUCCCAACAGAAUUUAAAAAAAAAAUAGAUGUUUCUAGCUUCACUGAAUAUUUAUUUAUUUUUACAUUUUAAUUUGGUUCUUUUGAUGAUUAAACUGAUCACCUGAUAUUGUUCAUUUUUAAAUAUAUUAAUUAUUAUAUGCCACUAACGUGACACUUGGGAAUGUGGGAACACCUAAUCAUUUAAUUAUCUAUGUAGUAAAUGGCAGUCUUAAAGAGUGUUAAUGCUCCUAAAGCAUAUGGUUUGCUCAUGGGAAAUGUCCACUCUUCAAAUGGAUCAACACAUCACAACAGUGGAAAAGUACAUUAUUCACCUGAAAUACCAUGAAAACAUUUUACACUUUAACAGGCUAUUUAGUAGUAAAGUAGCCAGCACUUUAUUAGUCAGCUAAAUGACACUUUACUUGCAAAUCAUGCUGUUCAUCAAUGCAGUUGUAGUUGUUUCAUCUGCUCUGUAAUUCAUUUGGCAUUAGGUAAUCACCAAAUUCAGUGUUUCUCAAAUAGCACAGACUGUAGCCAGAAUUCCUCCGUGUAUAAACCACUCCUUAGAUAAAACAGAAAUUUCAUUAAAUUCUGGAGAAACCUUGGAAAAGUUAAUGGUUCAUUAAAAACUGUAACUUGAAAGCAGGAAAGAAACCAAAUGCAUGGGAAACAAAAGCCCAUAACAUUUUUUUUUUCAAUCCUCUUAGAAUAAUUAGAAUAUGCUGUCCCUAAUCCCCCAUAAACAUAGAGAAAAUCUAAUCUAAAGUGUUUGUUUAUAAAGUACAUAUCACAUGCAGCAUUGCUUCCUGGGUUUAAUUGCUUAAUUUAAACAGUCAAAUUGGAUAUGUGAUCCUAAUUUCUAAAUAGAAUCUAAUGCCUUCAAGAAGCAACAAGAACUUUAUAUGUAAGAACUUAUCCCUAAGAGCUGCUACUACUGUCUCUUGACUAGCCUGUCUUUUUCAGCCCAUGAAACUGAGCUAACCUGGAUUCUGAGACCAACUAAAUCAAGCAAACUAAACCCACAUAAAUAAAGGGAAUAGUAAUUAAGCCAUAAUCUUUGCUGUCAGAAAAUCAGUAUACAAAAUUAAUGACUGCUUUGUUGGUUUGUUUAUGCCAUUUUGUUUUACCUUCUGAGAAUGAAUUUUCAUUCCAGUCUCUCUUGGGUCAUUGACAUUCUUAGAGGUAAAGGAAUUAGAGACACAAUUUUUUCUCAAUUAAGAGUAAAUACAAGUUUAUUACUGUUGUGCAAAAAAAAAUCAUAUAUUUGUUUGAUGAGAUCAGUUAUUUGACAAUAAAAGAA